GAAGGAACAAAUUUUCGACUAGCUGACGCUCUAUGCGGGAUGGCAAGGUUCGUGGACGCCAUGUGAAGUGGCCUUCCAUAACCUCGACUGGGAAAAUCUCUGUGCAGGACCUACCCAACAGGACACUCCACGAUCCAGCUCCUUUGUUUGAGCCACAGCCAGAUAAAGUCGUCCGAUCAUAGCUUGGGAUUCAUUCUUCACCGCACCUGUUCGCCAAGACUCCGCCCAAGUCAGGGCACCCACAGACACUAUUGGGAGCGUUGGAUCAACACCGUUUCACACCCAUGACAACAACCUGGUCGAUUCUGAAAUGAUAUCUCGUGGCUCCGACGGUUAUGUGUCAGUCAGUCCCACCAAGCUGGUGCGCUUCCGCCGCGCAAAAGUCCUUGUCCAAGCAAGUACCGGAGACAAGACGAACUAUCGAACAAGAACCCACGUCAUUGGAUCGCGAAUCGAUGAUGUGCGACCCUUCCGUGGCUUGUCCCGGCUAGGAAGAAGCAGAUUCGUGGUAAGCUGGACACUCGGCAGACGAAAAAAGCCUGGUCGUCCUGGACUAGCAUCAAAUGACAAUCGUCCCGCUACCAUGGAAACGGCGGCCACCACGGGGGAUCUCGGCCGCCUGCCGGGCCUGUCCCUGAGUGGAGGCCGUGGACGGCCCGCUUUGCUGAGAUCCGCCUCGCUUGGCUUGAAGCGGGAAGGCUCAAGACGUUCAGGACAACUCCCAAGCGGCACCAAGGAAAUCAUCAUUGUCGAGGCCUAUGACGUGCAUGGCACCCAGCUCGGACAUCAGUCGAGUUGGCUGGAUGCAGGGCUCAAAGCAAAUGAUUUGUGCAUGUCUUGGAAAAAUAAUGCGCGUCAUGUUUCGUGCAACACCACUCGAGGCGUGGAAACAGCAUCGCCGACGGAUGCACCGCACGAGGGAGAGGAGAGUGUGCAGCCAUCGCAGGUCCUUGUGCUGACACGCAACGCAGAGCAAGUGACCUAUGAGAAAUACAAGCGCGAGCUUGCUCUGUCUCUGUCGUCAGGUCUGGUCUGCCGACCAUGA